UAACUAUCUUUAAUUUUCACCAUGGAGCACACCACCCUCCAAGAACUCCAAAGACCAGCCCAAACGAAAAGCUCCAACUCGCAAUAAUUCACCAAGAACCGAUCCAUCUUCUUCCUCCUCCCUCCAUUUCCAUCCAUCCAUCCAUCCAUGGCGAUGCCACCGCUGCUGCACACACCGUAGCGCCUCCAUUUCAUUCACAGGCAUGUACAUGGGCUAGCUCUAGCUCAAGCUCACUGGGAUCAAUGGCGGCGGCGGCUGCAACAAGGCGGCUCGAUACCGUUUGCCUUCUCCUCCUCCUCCUGUGCUGCAGCUGCUGCUCGUCAAUGGCGAGCGGCGGCAGCAGCAGGGAGGAGCAGGAGGAUGACAGGGUGCCGCGCCUCCCGGGGCAGCCGGCGAGCCCCGGCGUGUCGCAGUUCGCCGGCUACGUGGGAGUGGACGAGCAGCACGGCAGGGCGCUCUUCUACUGGUUCUUUGAGGCGCAGGCGACGCCGCCGUCGUCGUCGGAGAAGAAGAAGAAGCCGCUCCUCCUCUGGCUCAAUGGAGGACCUGGCUGCUCUUCCAUUGGCUAUGGAGCUGCAUCAGAGCUAGGGCCUCUCAGAGUCGCGGGACAAGGAGCAGCACUAGAGUUCAACCAGUAUGGCUGGAACAAAGAGGCUCACCUCCUGUUCUUGGAAUCUCCUGUUGGGGUUGGCUUCUCCUACACCAACACAUCCUCUGACCUUACCAACCUUAACGAUGAUUUUGUAGCUGAGGAUGCGUAUAGUUUCCUGGUGAAUUGGUUCAAGAGAUUUCCUCAGUACAAGGACAAUGAGUUCUACAUCUCAGGGGAGAGCUAUGCAGGUCACUAUGUGCCCCAACUUGCUGACCUUGUCUAUCAGAGGAACAAGGACAAAAGGGCCAACUCAUACAUCAACCUCAAGGGGUUCAUUGUAGGCAACCCUCUCACCAAUGAUUACUAUGAUUCAAAAGGAUUGGCUGAAUAUGCCUGGAGCCACGCAGUCGUGUCGGAUCAAGUUUAUGAACGCAUCAAAAAGACUUGUAACUUCAAGAACUCUAACUGGACUGACGAUUGCAAUGCUGCAAUGAACAUCAUCUUCAGUCAGUACCAUGAGAUCGACAUAUACAACAUUUAUGCCCCAAAGUGCCUUCUAAAUAAUACAUCAGCAUCUUCAGGCGAUCGUGAAUUCUUCGCAAAUGACCAGGAACAGUUUAAGAGGAGGAUAAGGAUGUUUUCAGGCUACGAUCCAUGCUGUUCAUCCUAUGCUGAGGACUACUUCAAUAAGCAUGAUGUGCAAGAAGCAUUCCAUGCAAAUGUCAGUGGAUUGCUUCCAGGGAAGUGGCAAGUCUGCAGUGACCAAAUCCUCAACUCCUACAAUUUCUCAGUACUUUCCAUCCUACCAAUAUACUCCAAGCUCAUCAAAGCAGGGCUAAGAGUUUGGCUCUACAGUGGUGAUGCUGAUGGUAGGGUCCCGGUUAUCGGAUCUCGGUACUGCGUUGAAUCACUGGGCCUACCGAUCAAGACCGACUGGCAAUCUUGGUACCUUGACAAGCAGGUUGCAGGGAGGUUUGUGGAGUACCAUGGCAUGACAAUGGUGAUAGUCAGAGGAGCAGGUCACCUGGUGCCCCUCAACAAGCCUGCUGAAGGGCUUGUGCUGAUCAAUGCCUUCCUCCAUGGUGAGCAGCUUCCGACAGGUAGACGAGAAUGAGAUGGAUGGGCUGCUGAGGUCUUUUGGGGUACAAGAUGGCAUCAAUACCGAAUCUCGUUGGAAGUUUUUAAUCGGAUGGAUUUGAUAUGGCACUGUCUAAAUCCAUUUUAAGAGUGUCCAAAAUUGUAAAGGUAAAUUUUAAUUUCUAACGAUCGACUUUUAAGCGUUUUCUUAAUUAAGAGAACUGCAUGUAAAAAUUACCACAUUGCCACGGUCACUUCUCUCAAGGGACUGCAUAUGAAAAUCGAUUCUCACAUGUGGUUUUUAGACUA